AUGGACCACGCAUCGCACGGCCUGCGUGUCCAGCUGGCCAGCUACAAUGCUGGCGAGCAGUUUGAUGCGCCUCCUGUGCCUGAUCUCACCGAGUGGCUGAUUCCUACUGUGUCUGAGAGCCGCCAGAGCGGCUACGCAACGAGCCCACGACCGGCGCGCGUGGCGAAUCCGGUCAUGGAGCGAGGGCCGCGCGAGGCGCCGGACGUGUACGCGGUCGCCUUCCAGGAGUUUGCGCCGCUGCCACACUCGCUUGCAGGCAGGACAUUAUCGAUGGUGUCUCGCGUAGACAAAGAGAUCCGGCGCGCGAUCCGCCUGCACCAGUCGGUCGUGCGCGAUGACAACAUGUACGAUCCGCUCGAGAUGGGCGGCGGCCCCGAGAACUACGUGUGCGUGGCGCAGGUGAGCCACGCAGGACUCGUGCUUUACGUGUAUGUGCGCGAGCGCGCGGGCCAAUCGCCUGCCGCGCGCCGCCGGCCCAGUGCGGCGCAGCGUGUCAAGGAGGUGCGCACGGCCUUUGUGGGCACGGGCCUCGGCUCGAUCAUGGGCAACAAGGGUGCCGUUGGCGUGCGUAUCGCGAUGGCCUCUCUCGUACAGGGCGCGCCUGAUGAAGUAAUGACGUUCGUAUGUGCGCAUCUUGCGGCACACGAUCAUGAAGUGUCGCGGCGCAACAAGGAUUGGCGCCAGAUUGUGCAGCGCCUCGUAUUUGAGCCGGAGGGUGUGGUGCCGUUGCCUGUACUGCAGACGGCAGAGAGUGCACCGCCGUCGCAGCAUGCGCCGCCGCCGCCCGAUCCGCUUGAGCCGGUCGAGUACUCGUUGUACGACACGCACCACCUAUUUGUGAUGGGUGAUCUCAACUACCGGGUAGACACGGGCGUACAGGGUGUGCCGCGCAAGGAGAAUACCCAGCCACCGCCGCCCAUCGAUAAAAAGGCUGUGCGCGAGGUGGCACGGAGCUUCGACGCCCGGCGCUGGGCGUCGAUCCUACCGUACGACCAGCUGCUUAGGGAGCAUACGGCGGGGCGCACGCUUCAGGGCUUGCACCUGCCCGACUUGGCCAGUUGGGCGGUGCCGCCCACGUACAAGUACAAGGCCGGCGGCGAGAUGCUGCAGCUCAGCCAAAAGCGCCUGCCAGGCUGGCCGGACCGCCUCCUGUGGGGCUCGAGCGACGCGGCUCGGGGCUCUGCGGCAGUGGCCUGUGAGCUGUACCGCAGUCUUUUGCGCUACACGGCGUCUGACCACAAGCCGAUCACGGCCAUCGUCCAGCUGCCUUGGCAGCUCGAUCGUCGCUCCGUGUUUAUGCGCCGGCCCUACGAAAUUGACCCGCAAUGGCGCCGCUGGCGCAUUAUCGGUGUGGUGCUCGAUCGCAUUGUGGGGUAUCUAUGGUCGUUCCUCCUCCUCUUUGGCAACGGCCAUCUGUACCUGGCAUUCGCCGAGCUUGCGCUGCUCGGCCUGCUCUCGUGGUACUGGCUGCAGGGACGCUGGCUGUAG